GUCAAAAUCCCGUAAACAUCGUUCCGCCCGUUCGCACCCUAUCCAUAAGCCAAACUACAAAAUUCUUCUUCUUCUUGUAUCUUUAAAAAGUUUUCCGGGGAAAUUUUUUGGAGCAAAGCGCGAGAAAGUGACGGAAAAUUUUAAUUUUCCGUCUAAAAAGUUAAUUUUAAAUAAAAAAUGCAUUCGCUGAGCCUUAAGGUUUUCACUGAUUUGAAUGCGGGUACGAGGAGGAACCGGUUUCCGGGUAGGGUCGGUCAGGGGUUGUCGGCGGAUCUACACUUUGGGGGGAAGAGAAGGGUUGGGUCGGGUUGUUGGGAUGGUGGCGUUGCGUGGAAGUGUAGGAUAGUGGCUUGUGCGGUGGAGAGGAACGGGAAUGGUGGUGGAGGGGAGAGUCCGAGUUUGAACCCGAAUCCAACUCGGAAUGAGAGUUCGUUUCUUUCUCGGAGCCAAACUUAUGCAAUGCUGAAACAUCAAAUGGAGGUUGCUGCUAAAUCUGAGGAUUAUAAAGAAGCAGCGAGGAUACGUGAUUCUUUGAAAAUGUUGGAGGAAGAAGAGCCUAUUUUGAGACUUAGGAGGCUGAUUAAAGAAGCUGUUGCCGAUGAAAGAUUUGAGGAUGCAGCUAGGUAUCGUGAUGAGUUGAAAGAAAUAGCACCCCACUCUCUCCUGAAGUGUUCAAGUGAUGCAACAACCUUGGGAAUCAGAGUUCAAGUUAGGAGUGUGUACGUAGAGGGGCGUAGUAUACCUUCAAGGGACCAGUACGUUUUUGCAUAUAGAAUAAGAAUAAUCAAUAACUCAGAUCGUCCUGUUCAGCUUCUCAGAAGGCAUUGGAUUAUCACAGAUGGCAAUGGGAAAACUGAAAGUGUUUGGGGAAUUGGAGUUAUAGGCAAACAGCCAGUUAUACUUCCCAGAACAGGUUUCGAAUACUUAUCUGCUUGCCCGUUAAGUACUCCCAAUGGCAGAAUGGAAGGAGACUUUGAGAUGAAACACAUUGACAGAGUAGGCACACCGAGUUUCAAUGUAGCCAUCGCCCCAUUUUCUCUCUCCACACUAGGGGAUGAUGCUGGUACCUUCUGAAAUCUGAAAUGACAUUAUUACCUUGGAGUAGCAGAAUAACCUUAUCAAUAAAUACAAUCAGGUUAUUUUCCAACUGAAGCUUGGCUUUGUAAAGCAUGUUCUUUUGUGAUCAAAAUGUACAGAUCUUCCAAUGUAAGAGCGUACAUAGGUUAAUGAAAUGUAUUUUAACCAAACUUUAAACAAAAUGAUUUGAUAGGGAUAGAUAUAAAUGUUUUAUGUAUAAAAUUUCCCGUUUGGAUGAAUGAAUAAUCCCAAUAGUAUAAGUUGGAAGGAUUUGGUGAUUGCCUAAGCUUGCUUGUAUAUUUUGAGGAACUUAGUUGCCAACUAUGGCUAUUAUUUUUGUGUAGAUCUAAUUGCAGGUUAAGUAAAUUCCAAAU